AUGAGCGAGGAAGCGUCCAUCUUGCUCGGCCUGCCCGCCAAGGACGUCGCCGUCGACGACGCAUGCCCCUACACGGCCAAGUUGGGCGGUCUGCCGGCGUACUACGACCCGGCGACCUCGCUGCCCUACGAAGAUCUCGUCUGCCCGCGCUGCCAGCACCAGCUCUACCUCGUCGCCCAGGUGUAUGCACCAGUGACAACCGAUCGCACGCUCUACAUCUUCGGCUGCAACUCGAUCAAGUGCACGACGACGCCCAACAGACGCGCCGCCGCCGCCCGCCCGGCAGCGACGCCCGGCUGGGGCGACGACGAUGACGACGACGACGAUUGGGGUGAUGUGGGCACCUCUGCAUGGGGCGCUCCGGUUGCCGCUACAUCGUCAACUGUCGAUCUCGAAGCGCUUCUUGAUGCGCGCGACUCGGCCAUGACGACCAAGGUCGCUUCGGCACCUGCCAAGCCCAAGGCAACGAGCACGACGACCUCGGCCAGCGCGCGCCCGCACUUUCCCGCCAUAUCGCUGCACGUGGAAGACGAGCCCGAGUCGGCGGGUGCCGAGCGCUACCAGCACGAGACGCAGCUCCUCAACGCGUACUUGGCCGAAGAGGAAAAGGAGAACGCGACCGAGGUCGCGCGGCUCAAGACGAUCCUCAAGGCCAAGACCGACGUCGUGGCGUCCAGCGCCGGCGAAAGCGAGUCGGUCGAAGCGUACGAGCGCACGCCCUUGCGCGAGAAGCUCUUUCUUCGCUUCCAGAAACGCAUGAAGCGAGCGCCGACGCAGUGUCUGCGGUACCACUACGGCGGGAACCCGCUCUGGUCGUCGCCGCCGCCCAAGAUCGACGUGCCGCCGUGUCCCUGCGGCGCGUCCCGCGUCUUUGAGCUCCAGCUGGUGCCAACGACCAACUACUUUUUAAACGUGGAGAAAUACGCCCACGAGACGCACACGGAAGGCGCGGGCAUCGUGCUGGGCGGCGGCAUGGACUGGCAAACCGUGCUCGUCUGGUCGUGCCCCGACAGCUGCACUCGCAGCCACGAAGAAUUUGUGUACGUGCAGCCCGUCACGGACGCCUCGACAAAACCCCAGCUCGACUAAGAGAGAACCUUCUUGCAGCGUAC